AUGCCUCUCUAUGUUAAAUUCAUGAAGGAGUUGCUAUCCAAGAAGAGAACUUUAAAGGGAGAUGAGAUAAUGGUCCUGACCAAGGAAUGUAGUGCCAUAAUUCAGAGUAAUUUGUCAAGGAAGAUGCCAGAUACAGGGAGCUUUCAAAUUCCAUGCACCAUUAGGAGCAUAACCUUUGAGAAAGCCUUGUAUGAUCUAGGAGCAAGUAUCAAUUUAAUGUCCUUGUUUGUGAUGGAGAAGUUACAAAUCAAAAAGGAGCAACAAACAAGGAUAGCAUUACAAAUGGCGGACAAAUCUCUAAAAUAUGCACAUGGAAUAGUGGAGAAUCUAUUGGUCAAAGUAGGAAAGUUCUUCCUUCCAUCCGACUUUAUCAUUCUUGAUAUGGGAGAGGAUGACAAUACUUCCAUAAUUCUAGGAAGACCAUUUCUAGCAAAUGGGAGGCUCUAA